AUGACAAGAUCUGAACGAGAAAGUCUUCAAAAGCGUAUUGUACAAUUUUUUGUCAACAUUGCUGAUGGAAAUAAAAGUCUUACUGUUAACCAUUUCAUGAAAGAAAAAACUCCUCGUCAAACUAUCUACAGUAUCAUAAAAAAAUAUGAAGAAGCUGGUCAUACUGGAGACAAACCAAGAUCUGGUCGACCAAAAAAACUCUGUCAAGGACAGUUAACUCGACUGAAACGUCUUGUCAAUCACAAGACAGGCAUUUCUUUGCGUCGAAUUUCGUCAAAAAAUGAAUAUCAAUUAUCACAAAAACAACGAUCACCAAAAUAUACAGACAAGCAACUUCAGGAAAUUCCAACUCGUGGGCGCAAACUGUAUCGGCUGUUAUCGAACAAUGAUUUUGAAUUAGUGAUGGACGACGAAAAAUAUUUUACUCUUUCUGAUCAUUCGGCUUUAACCAACCGUGGGUUUUAUUCAUCAAACAAAGAAGAAACACCACAUGAAGUCAAAUUGAAACGUACACAGAAGUAUGAACCAAAGGUCCUCGUGUGGGUUGCCAUAUCAGAAAACGGGAUCUCAUCGCCUUUUUUCGCUAAACAACAACAAGCUAUUGAUCAAACAACUUAUUUGAAUGAAUGUGUGGUGAAGCGUCUGAUGCCAUUCAUUAGCAAUUAUCAUUUAAAAGAAAAAGUUUUAUUUUGGCCUGAUUUAGCCUCAUCACACUACAGCAAUAUCGUAACUCGGUAUUUCGAUGAAAACCACAUUGAGUUUGUUGACAAGGAUUUCAACCCUCAAAACUGUCCUCAGUCAAGACCUAUUGAAACUUUAUGGGCAAUUUUAAAGAAUAUGGUCUAUGAUCAAGGCUGGGAGGCCAAGAAUAUAGGUCAUUUAAAACGAAGAAUACAACAAAAAAUGAAAGAGAUCGAUAUCGAGGUCGUCCAAACGAUGUUUUCAGGGAUUCGAAAACAACUGAGAAAAAUCGCUGAUUAUGGGCCAUAUAAAGCUUGUUCUUUAUAG